AUGACGAUUUCUUACAAUCAAGAUUUAUCGAAAACUUCGACGACUUUUGAAAAUUUUGUCAAAUUGCAAUUAAGAUGGCGAGGUUCAAUUUGGAAAUCUGUCAUGAAGGUCAGUUUUUCUUUUAAAUUUAUGUUUGAAUAAAAUUUGGUUUUUGUUAGGAACUUUUCAUAUUUUCCAUUGCUUUCGGUUGUAUCACUGUGAUUUAUCGAACCGAACAUGUUUUGGAUAAAGAGAAUCGAGUUUUUUGGGAUAAUUUUGCCGAAUUAUUUGAUCAGAAAUUAAAUUAUAUUCCACUCACCUUUAUGCUCGGAUUUUUUGUGACAAUUAUUGUGAAUCGUUGGAAUGAUAUAUUUUUGAAUAUUGGAUGGGUAGAUAAGUAAGUUCAACUAGCUGACAGCGUUUCCAUGGAGAAUUGUCUUUCUUCGAGAAAAAAAAUAAUUGAUUGAAAAACAAACAAUACUACUGUAGAUUCAAAAGUCUGCAGAGAAAUCCGCAAACACCACACAAACUGACGAUCAAUUAUUUUUCUUUUUUUAUUUCAUUUUUCUCACUUUAAAACCAAGAUAACUUUUUCAGCACCGCCUUAUUGAUUGCAACUUAUAUUCGAGGAAGCGAUGAGAAAAGUCGAAUUCUACGCCGAACUGUUUUACGAUAUAUGGUUCUAACACAGGCGAUUAUAUUUCGUGACAUUAGUAUGCAAGUGAAACGAAGAUUUAUGCAUUUGGAAACGAUGGUUGCGGCAGGUGGGCACUAG